AUGAUAAUGAUCAUCUUCAUUAUGUUUCUCUUACCUAUUGCUUCACAAAUAGAGUACAUGACAUCUGCUGCAGUGACCAUGCCCUUGAGUUCAGAGACCGAUCAGACGGCUUUGCUUGCUUUGAAGGACAAGCUUACCAAUGGAGACUCGGAUGCUCUUCCAUCAUGGAAUAAGUCACUCCAUUUUUGUGAAUGGGAGGGGGUAAUAUGCAGUCGCCGCCACAAGAGAGUCACAUCCUUGCAACUACAAAAUCAAUAUUUGGGUGGCACUCUUGCACCUUCCUUGGGAAAUCUAACAUUCCUCAGAGAGAUGAGUCUUACUAGCAUCAAUUUACAUGGUCAGAUUCCAAGAGAAGUUGGUCAUUUGAAGAGACUGCAGAUUCUUGACUUGAGGCAAAAUAAUCUUCAUGGAGAGAUUCCCAUAGAGAUGAUAAAUUGUUCAAGCCUUCAAGUAAUUAUAUUGCUAUACAAUAAUCUAACUGGCGAAGUUCCUUCAUGGUUUGGUUCUAUGAUGCAACUGACUCAGCUGGGGCUUGGUGCUAACGGGUUUGCUGGUAGUAUACCACCUUCAUUGGGAAAUCUCUCAUCUCUUGAGAAGUUGUCACUUGCAUACAAUCAAUUGGAAGGAAGCAUAACUCCAACUUUGGGUAGGUUGUCAACUUUGAAAUUUUUGGGUUUGGGUGUAAAUAAUUUUUCUGGUCAAGUUCCUCCUUCACUUUAUAACCUUUCAAAUAUUCAAGUUCUUGAUUUCACGGAAAACCAGUUAGUGGGUAAUUUUCUCUCAAAUUUACCUAUGGCUUUUCCCAAUCUUGAGAUACUUUUGUGUGGAGGGAACCGAUUCACCGGUACUUUUCCGUCUUCAAUAUCCAACCUUUCUGAGCUGCAACAGUUUCAAAUAUCCAAAAAUGAUUUUUAUGGACCAAUUUCUCCUACCGUAGGAAGUUUACACAAACUCCAGAUAUUUAAUGUUGGACGGAAUAGAUUCGGAAAUGGAAGAGCUCAUGAUUUGGAUUUUCUUUCCUCAUUGACUAAUUGCACUCAAUUGCAGAAAUUAGGCUUUUAUGAAAAUUAUUUAGGUGGAGUAUUGCCAGAUAUCAUAGGCAACUUAUCAACCAAUCUCGUUUUGCUUGGUAUGGCUUUGAAUCAAAUAUCUGGAAGGAUACCAGAAGGAAUUGGAAAACUAGUCAACCUAGCAACACUUGAUAUGGAGGGGAAUUUUCUUGAGGGAACAAUCCCAGAUUCAAUAGGAAAGCUAAAAAAUCUUGGAGUGUUGUGGUUGGAUGGAAAUAAGUUCUAUGGCAACAUCCCUCUUGUCAUUGGUAACCUUACUAUGCUGUCUGACGUUGAUCUGAGCUCAAAUAAAUUUGAAGGACUCAUUCCCUUUACACUUGGAUACUGCACCAACAUGCAAAAAUUUGCUGCAUAUGGAAACAACUUAAGUGGUAAUAUACCCAAUCAAACAUUUGGCAACCAGCAAGGCUUAAUACAGUUGUUUCUAUACUCCAACUCUUUUACCGGCCCCAUUCCUUCUGAUCUUGGAAACUUGAACCAUCUUUCCAUCUUGCAUUUACAAGAUAACAAGCUCAUUGGUGAGAUUCCCACGAGACUUAGUGCUUGCUCUGCUUUAACAGAGCUCGUACUAGAAAGAAACUCAUUCCAUGGAAGUAUACCUUCAUUCUUGGGAUCUCUACUAUCCCUUGAAAUCUUGGACCUUUCUAAUAACAACUUCUCAAGCACAAUCCCACAUGAACUUGUGAAUCUCACGUUUCUGAAUACUUUGAACUUAUCUUUUAACCAUCUCUCUGGUGAGGUCCCGGUAGGAGGGGCAUUCAAUAAUGUCACAGCAAUAUCACUUGCCGGAAACAAAGAUCUUUGUGGUGGGAUACCUCAAUUGAAUCUCCCUGCAUGCUCUACGUUGCCCUUACAGAAGAAACACAAGAGAUCUGUUAAAAAGAAAGUCAUCCUCAUAAUCGCAUUUGGAGGGGUUCUAAUAUCUGUUGUUGCUUUUAUUAUUAGUAUAUAUCUUCUCAAGAAGAAGCGAAAAAGGUUAUCUACUCCUUCUCUAGCUUUGCAAUAUGGCUAUGUGAAGGUAUCUUAUGGAGAGCUACAUCAAGCGACCAAUGGAUUUUCUUCUUUAAAUUUAAUUGGCACAGGAAGCUCUGGCUCAGUAUAUAGAGGAACCCUUGUCCAUUUUGAGAGACCUGUUGCUGUGAAGGUGUUGAAUCUUCAAACACGCGGAGCAUCGAAGAGUUUCAUGUCCGAAUGCAAAGCUCUAGGAAAAAUGAAGCACAGAAACCUUCUCAAUAUAUUGACCUGUUGUUCAGGUGUUGAUUACAAAGGUGAUGAUUUCAAGGCCAUAGUGUUUGAGUUCAUGCCUAAUGGGAGUUUAGAAAGCUUGUUGCACAACAACAUUGAAGAUAGCGAGUCCACAAAUCGGAGUCUCAACCUGAUGCAAAGAGUAAAUAUUGCUCUUGAUGUAGCUUUUGCAUUGGAUUAUCUUCACAAUGAUUCAGAGGAAGCUGUAGUUCACUGUGAUGUUAAGCCAAGUAAUGUUCUACUUGAUGAUGACAUUGUUGCUCACUUGGGAGACUUUGGGUUAGCUAGGCUUCUUCAUGGGCAUGCCACAAGCUAUACUAGUAGUAAUCAAGCUAGUUCCUCUGUUAUUAAGGGAACCAUCGGAUACCUUCCACCAGAGUAUGGAGCAGGUGGAUCAGUAUCACCACAGGGAGACAUCUAUAGCUAUGGAAUUCUUCUUUUAGAAAUACUAACCGGAAAGAGACCAACUGAUGGCAUGUUUGGUGAAGAUCUAAGCCUACACAAAUUCUGUAAACUGGCAAUUCCAGAAGGAAUUACUGAGAUUGUUGAUUCAAGAUUGAUAACUCUGUUUGAUGAAGGAGAAAGAGGGAUCACACAACAGAAAAACAUGAUGGAGUGUUUAGUGUCUUUUGCUAGGAUUGGAGUUGCAUGUUCUGAAGAGUUUCCCACUCAACGGAUGAACAUUAAAGAUGUCAUAAUGGAGCUGCAUGCAAUUAAACACAAACUGCUUCCUUAGAUAGGUGUCAUGAUUAUGGAAACAAAUUUAGUUCUCAGUUGGAUCUGUUGUCCAUUUCUUGUUUUAUGUGAAUGUUGUAGUUUAAUUUACAU